AUGGCAGUCAUCUGCCAGCCGGAGCGCUGGAUCGACACCACGGCGACGAAUAUCCCGGAUGGCGCCCUGGUGGCCGGGUACGAUUCCAACGGGGACACCAUUUACGUGGGCAGGGUCUUCCGGAACGGAGACCUGCUGCCGGCCAAAGUGGUGCCGGCCAAGGGAAAGGCCUAUGCCGCCUACGCGCAGGCGGAGCACGAGCUCACCGAUGUCCAGGUGCUCACGGGAUCGGGCUUCCACUGGGUGCCGGCCUCCCACGGACACGUGGCCCCCGGAGCACUAUCCUCCGGCCCCAAUGUCGACGGGGAGCCCCUGUACGUGGGCAGGGCCACCUACUGUGACAGUCUGAGCGUGGGCAAGAUCCACCCGUCGCACGGCUGCAUCUACAUCCCGUUCGGCGGCGAGGAGGUGCGUCUGGAGAACUAUGAGGUCCUGACGAGGAUCUAG